UUUUUUUUUUCUAAAGAAAUCCUUGAGACGUGUCAGAUGGCAAAAAGUUCUGUUCCUCGUAUUUCUGAAAUCAUCCGAGGGUCUUCGUUGAUCAGCUCGGGAAGCCUGGCCAAUCAGGUGUUAAUCUGCUGUUAGAGAACGACACUUUGGAGUUCUGUGUUCCAUUUGACCUUUCUUGACAGUGACUGUGUCACUAAACAAAAUCUGAAAGGCAGAAAUACACAAAAAAAUAAUUAAUUUUUUUUUUGAUUUUCUCAUCAGGCCUGCAGGAUGAGGUGGAGGGAUUCUCAGCAGUCAUUGGGGGACACUGGGGUCUGCAACCCCUCUACCCCCCACGCCCUCACCCCCGUCCACCACAGGGUCACAAAUGGAGACAAACAACAUAACCGUGCAUGUUUUGGACCGGGAGAAAACUGGAGGAAAACCAGGCAAACUCUAAACCUCUGUACAGAACCACCACCAUCAGUUGUAUGUAUAUAUUUAUAUUUAUAUUUAUAUAUAGACACAUACUAAUGUUUGUGUGUAUCUUUGCUUUAAUUCAGCAGAAACAUUUUAACACCCACUUUUGGAAGUUUCCUGUGGUAAAACAAAAAAAAGAAACUUAUUUUUUUAACCUAAAACUGACUUUUUUUAUUAUUGAAGCUAAUGAUUAUUUUCUGUGCAGACAUGAUUGAUAUUUAUAUUUAUUUUUCAAUUUCGAAUUGUCAUUCCGUCAAACAGUACGCCGUGCCGGGGUGUGUGUUAUUUUGGCUGUAAUGUCCUCCUCAGUGACAAAAGCAGGAUUGUGUGCAUGUGUGUUUGUGCGGGACAGGAGUCACAGUUUAUGUUCUCGGAUGUGAUGGAAUCUCCCACUUGUUUCACUCAUCCUCUCUCUCUCCGUCUCUCUCUCUCUCUUUUUUUUUGCUCUGGCUGCUAAUCAGCAUUUGAAAGGCAGCUUUGACAGUGAGAAAAAGAAAGUGAGGGGGGCACGGAGAGGUGGGGGUAAACGAAAGCAUGAGACACAGCGAGUCAGGGAGGGAGAGCCGGGGAGAGAGAGAGAGAGAGGGAGAGAGUGAGGCGAGGGGCUGUACAAGCAUGCCUUUUAUAUUUACUAGUGACAGAGAGGGAGAGAGGGAGAGAGAGCAGCUGAAGGCAGAGACAACUGGUGUGCACGGCUUUCCCAAGAGGAAAUGAAAAGAAAGAAGCUCAGCGAGGAGAGUGAAUGAGUGAGCAGGAGAGAGAGGAGAGGGAGAGAGGGUGGGAGGGAGCAUGUUGGCUGGAGAGAGAGAUGGAGUGAGGAGGAGGAGGAGGAGGAGGAGGAGAGAGAGUGGGAGCCGGAGAGAUUCUCACACUGGCUGUGUCCUAAUCCGAGUCCAUCUUCAAGAAGGAGCAGUGGAGCAGAGUGUCAGAGAAGUGAGUCUGAGAGCCAAGGAGAGCUACAUCAGCCAGCUGCACACACACGCACGCACGCACACACCCGCACACACCCGCACCCACACACACACACACACUCUUGAGAAGAGAGUCCGUGAUGCGUCCAGCAGUGUGGUCUUGGCUUUUGUGAAAGUAAGCGGUUGAAGCUGCCCUCGUCCCAGCCCCCCUUGGCUCACACACACCCGGUGUUUGUUUGCUGUUGAGGUGCUGGUGGAGGAGUAAGAAGAAGAAGAAGAAGAAGAGGCGGAGGAGAAGGAGGUGGCGGAGCAGGAGGGCACUGCCAGGGCACAGGAGCAGGGGGCACAGGAGAGGAGGAGGAGGAGGAGUGACAAAGUGGAUCAGAUCAACAGCAGCAGACUUAACCCUGGAAAUGUCCGUCAGGUCUGAGCGGGUCACAUCCUCAGCCAAUCAGAGCCCCCGUUAACGGCGCUGUCGACACGUGACUGUGGGAAGUAUGGCCACCAUGCCGUUUGUCAGCGAAGGGAAGUGCGUGAGCGUGGAGUGGGAUUUUCUGCAAGGACUGCUGGCCAAGCCUCCGACCCUGCCCUGCCUGCAGAAUCUCCGUAAGGAAAAGUCCAGAAAUGCAGCUCGAUCACGAAGAGGGAAGGAGAAUUUCGAGUUCUUCGAGCUGGCCAAGAUGUUGCCUUUACCGGGCGCCAUCACCAGCCAGCUGGACAAGGCCUCGGUCAUACGGCUGACCAUCAGCUACCUGCACAUGCGCACCUUUGUCAGCCAGGGAGACCCACCCUGGAGCCCCCUGAUGGAAGGAGACAGCAACUGCAGCAAAGUGAGACGAUCAUCUCAUUCACUGGUCACGGACAUAUUUGAGCAGCACCUCGGCGCUCACCUACUGCAGUCUCUGGACGGCUUCGUGUUCGUGGUCAGUCAGGAGGGACGUUUCCUCUACAUCUCGGAGACAGUUUCUAUCUACCUGGGACUCUCACAGGUGGAGCUGACCGGCAGCAGUGUGUUUGACUACAUCCACCCUGCAGACCACGUGGAGAUGGCAGAGCGACUAGGAAUUAGUCCUCAUCUGAGGGCCGAGGCUGGAUGCCACACGGUGCCGGAGAGCGCGUCCAGCUCUGCAUCCACAUCAUCCCUGGCUGGUACCCCUGAGCCAACAGCUCCGUCCAGCCCUCACUCUCCGGCCGAUGAGCCUCCUGACCGCGGCUUCUUCAUCCGCAUGAAGUCCACGCUCACUAAAAGAGGCCUGCACGUAAAGUCUUCUGGAUACAAGGUGAUCCACGUGACCGGACGUAUCCGCUGCCGCCCGGCGCUUAUGCCGGGCUCAGCGCGUUCGGUGCGUCGGCCCAUGGGUUUGGUGGCUCUGGCCCACACGCUCCCACCCUCCACGCUGAACGAAGUCCGCAUGGAGAGCCACAUGUUUGUCUUCCGAGUGAACAUGGACCUUCAGGUCACGUACUGCGAGAACAGGAUCUCAGAGUACAUGGACCUGACCCCAGCUGAGGUGGUGGGACAUACGUGUUACCACUUCAUCCACGUAGAAGAUCUGGAAAACCUCCGUCAGAGCCACGAGGAUUUGCUGAGGAAAGGCCAGGUGGUGACAGGUUACUAUCGCUGGCUCCAGAGGAGGGGAGGCUACCUGUGGAUCCAGUCCACGGCCACCGUCUCCAUCAACCACAAAGCUCCGCACGAACGGAACGUCAUCUGGGUCAACUAUGUCCUGAGUCGAACGGAGUUGCCCGACACUCCAUUAGACAUCCUACAGCUUCCAGAAGGUGUGAGAGCGGAGAGACUUCGCGUCAGCUCACCUCCCACCAACAGCUCCCCACAGGCUCGAGGUUCUCAGCCAGGGAAGGCCUCGUCUGGUAAGUGUGAACCCAACACUAAAAGUAGAGACAAAUUCACCACCUCCACAGUCCAGUCCGAGGACAGGAGGAAGCGCCAUCUGAGGUCCGAGCCGGAGGGCGCUCCCCCGGAAACCCGCCGCAGAUUGGAGGAACUGCGUCACCUAGAGGAGAGCGUGUCGGCCUCCUCGGACCUGGCCAGUGAUAGCGAGGGAGAGGAGGAGGACGAAGCCGAGUGGGACCAGGGAGGAGACGGUGACAGACUGAAACAGGAGGACGGUGUGGGUGGAGUGAAACAGAGCAGAGGAGGGGACACUCCGACCAGAGGGGACAGAGGAGGACGAGCGCAGAACGGCCGCGCUGUGAUCCAGCAGCUGAAGAAUGUAGUGAGCGCGUCCCCUCUGUCCAGCAGCCCCAGCAUCAAGACUGAACACGACUCCCUGACCGUCGGGGGUCGCUGGGGAUCACACACGCAAUCCUCCACCCAACACCAGCCCUCGCAUGCGCACACACCGUCCAGCAGUCUCAACGGUGACAGUCCCACCACCACCAUACCCGACUCCUCCUCCAGCAGUGAAGCGCCUGCAAAAGGUCUGUUCACUCCUCCGUCCCCCGCCUUGUCUCCCGCCAUGUCUGUGUCCUCCCCGCUGCCCCGCGAGGAGAGGUCCGUGUCAGGUGUGCUCAAUCGCGGCGGCGGUGGAGGCGCGGGCUGCGGUCCCGACUUUGAGCUCCUCCAGAGACUGGCUGCGGGCGGUGCUGCGGGGAGGGUCCUCUUUCACCCCCUCGCCCUCAGCCCACAGGGCCCUCAGAGUCUUUAUGCCCCGAGCACUAUCCGCUACGCUCCACCUGAGCUGCCUCCGUCGCACCACCACAGUACGGGACACAGUGAUGGCCUGCAGCUACGCUCAGACCAUCACAAGGGAGCCCCCCCAGCCUUCUUUCCACACCUACAGCGGCUGGCCGGCCUGCCGCCCUUCAGCGGUUUCUCCCCGUCCGACAACCCGUUCUCCUCUGGGCUGCCCUUCUGUAUGAAUGGACUGAGGGGUGCCGCGGGUUCAGAGGAGGAUUGAGGGUUAUUGGGGGGGCAGAGGGGGAGUAGGAGGUGAGAGGAGGAGAGGAUGAAAAUGAAAGAUGGAGCAGGGUUGACAGAAGAGAAAGAAAGGGGUUGAAAAGGGCGAGACGGACAGGCGUGGCAGGACAUUAAGCCUCUAAGGACUUUACUAAUUGGACGAUGAGUUGAAUAACUGAGAUCUAAAACAUGUGACAAGUCGCUGCCUUAGGGAAUGGUCAUGACCGCCCGUUAUGGACGUGUGACGGCGACCUGCUAAGGAAAUGGGACGUGAAAACUUUGACUGGUUGUCCCUCGAGACUUUUUUUUUUUCCCCAAGAUCUCCACUCAAGCUCAGACGACUGUGUUGAUUUCUGUGUCUCUUCCACUCAGAGAAGCCAUAUUGUAAAUAGAGACAAAACCAUGAAGACCCUCAGCUCACACCCACCUCACUGUCACCGCAUCUAACCCAAUCAGCUCUGAGGACGGCAGACAAAUGUGGACGCUCGUCUGUAGGAAAGAAAGUGACUUUUGGUUUUCAAAUUUUUAUUAUUGCAGUCUCACACACACACACACACUCUUUUCUCUCAGAUCCAGAUGAGAUCUGGUGAUUUUUUUUUUGUAUUGAGAUUCAAAAAUAAUAAUAACAGUAACAAUAGUAAUGAUAAUAAUUAAACCUUCAUCAGUCAGCCAUGAUUUAAGCACAUUUUCGGGACACGACUAUGAAUAAUGUUGUCCCCUACAUUCCAUUAUAUAUAUAAAGGCAAAAUUAAAUGAAGACUGGGUGAUAUUUUGUUGUUUUUUAUUAUAGGAAGCUCUUUGGUUUGACUGACUAUUAAUUAUAACAUAUUCUGUACGAGGCUGCGACUGUGUUUCUGUAUGAAAGCCAUAUUUUUUUUUUUUUUUUUUCAUUUUGUCUCUAUUGAUUUUUUUUUUUAACGGCAUAAGAGAAAUGAACGACCGGCGUGAAAAAUGUGUCUGGACAGACAAAAUAACAUAGUUGUAUUGGAUGCACAAUAAUCACACUUUUUUUUUUUAAGUUUUUUAUAUAUAUAUAUAUAUAAUUCUGUGAAGUUAAAGUUAUUUCUGUGAAAUGCUUUUUAGAAGCAGAGGAAUGGUGUUGAACUCAAGUGUUAAUAUCAUUCAGACCUCUGUGUUUUUCGGAGCACUUACUGGAUUCCGUUCUGGUGUGAACUCAAAGCACUUCAUCACUUAACACUGGCUGGGUGACCCCUGUUAAAACAGAAAACAAUGCAAGAGUGGUCACUAAUAUCCUAGCCUGACCACAGAGUCGGAGAGGGGCAUAAAUGCUCGAUUUUUUAAAUAACGUAGAUAAAAUAAAAAAAUAAAUAAAUAAACAACAGACCACCUAUGGUCAUUAAAAGAUGACCAUUCAAGGUCAAUAAAUACCUACUGGAAAUAUUCUGCUGUGGUACAAAUUCAGUCAAAAAGAAGAGAGGGCGGGAUUAAAAACACUUUGAAUUUCAGUUUGAAGGUAACUGAAUUAUCUCAGGACUGUAGAACAAAUUCACAAAGUAAUAAAUCACUGAACGUUUCAUUUCCCCGUUUGGACCGAAGGGAGUCAGAAGUAAAAUGUGACAAAUCUGCGAAAAUAAAGGCGGAAAUAUUAAUAAAAAAUGCGAGGAAUAGUGACAUAUUUUCUAAUAAUGUAUGAACACCCACAUAAAUAAUGCACUUUGAUUAAAGUCCUUAGGGUUGAUGAAAA